GAGGUAACGCUGUAGUGCACGGCCUUCGGAGUUCAAAGCUGCUCACAAACAUUUCCUCGGGUAAGCCCAGUUCGAACCCUUCGCCGAGAGAGCAGAGGACCCGAGAGCUGCGUUUUCUUAAGAGGGAACUCCACUGCUUUACGCACAGAACUGCCACCCGCUCCACGCGGAGCCGGGCGCCUUGUUGUUCAUCAGGAGACCCCAGAACCUUAAAGGACAUGUCAUUACCAGUGUACGCAGCUAUGACCACGCAGCCGUCAGCUCAGCGGACACCUUUUCUCAUUGAGGACAUCUUGAGCCGGAGUGGGCCCGGGGCCUCUGUUCCCUGUGGGUCUCCGCCGUCCUGUCCCGCGCCGCUCACGCACGUCCCCUCUGUUCCAUCUGUACAUUCAUUCUUUACGAGUCUGGUAUCUCAGUACCGUACUCAUAUCUACGAACCCACGCCGUUGCACCCACUCUUCACGUCGCCCUAUACGCCAGGGCCGUACCCCGGGCCAAUGUACCCACUACAGCCGCAGGCACGCGCUGUAGGCGAGACGCGCAGGCCACUACUCCGACACGAGCCGCUGGGUAAACCUCUGCUGUGGGGCCCGUUCCUUUCCGCGGGCCACUUGCACAAAAGGAAAGGGGGGCAAGUGCGCUUCUCCAACGAGCAGAACGCUGGAAACUGGAGAAGAAGUUUGACUCAACAGAAAUACCUCUCUCCUCCAGAGAGGAAGAGACUUGCCAAGAGUCUGCAGCUGACAGAGCGACAGGUUAAAACCUGGUUCCAAAACCGCAGAGCCAAGUGGCGCCGGCUUAAACAGGAGACCCCUCAGGGAGCCAAGUGUGAGCCCAGCCCCAUGAAGAGUCCCUCAGAUAACGACAGCCAUUCAGCCCCUCGAUCACCUCACCCCUCACAGCACCAGCUGGACUCAGAGCUGUCAGACACAGACCAAGAGCUGGACAUUGAGGACACCAGCCAGUCCAUGAGGACCCCACACUCUCCCCUCUGAGGACAGUCCCCUCGUGCCUCAACUGCGGUCCUCAUUGUCCCCUCUGAGGU